AUGGGCGUCACCACCCGCAGACCGCUUCUACCAGCCCCUACAGAAUCCAUUGUCGACAGCUUUGGAAGCAGCGUCACAGGCACAGAUCUGGGAACUGACAUCUCUCGCCGCACAGACAAGACAUCGUACUCGAUUCCCGACGACGGGAGUCCCGUCACAAUUCCCACCCGUCGGAAGCACCGCUCCCGCGGUGAGGACUCCACCAAACUGUCGCGCUCGUCGCAUCACUCCCAGACCUCCCUGCUCAUCGAGUAUUUCGAGGGCGGGAAGGGUUCUGGGGGCUCUGGCGGUGCGAUAGUCUCCCGUCCCAGUGUCCGCGUCCGCGUCACUCCUUCGUCCGGGAAAAAGUCCAAGGAGCCGAGCGUGCACAUCACUGACUCUGCUGGAAAUCGGAGGCCGUCUUAUUCGCGACGCAUCUCCCUUGGAUCUCCGUCGAAGUCAAAGUCGGGUGGCGAUGACCUGAGUUACUCUUCUUCCGCGGACGAAAACCAGACACCCGGCCCCGUGGAGAUUGAGCUUCUGAAUCGCGAUCAAGGUAGUGAGCUCUCCACCUUGUCGCGCGACCGCAGAUACCUGCCGACCUCCGAGAUCUCCUCGAUGCCUGCGGAUAGCAUGCUCGAAGCUCCAUCAUCUGAUUCACGACAGAAACAUAGCCAAAGCCCAGAGCUCGAGGAAUCCGAUCCCAAAGAUUAUCUCAAAACGCCAACUCGACAGAGAAGCCGCAGUCUGAGUACGGAGAGAAUCGCCCAACGUGCUGCGGAGAAGGUCAGCAAUUACUCCCGUGACGCUUCGAGUAAACGCCGAGCAGGUAAAAGCCGCGGAAUCGCCACCGACUACCAAGAAGUUGAAGCCAAACCUCCACGGCAUCGAGGCUACACCAAGGAAGACGAUAUGGCGAGUCCCGAGUCGAGCUUGCUCAGUGCUUCCGCUGUUUCUUCACAUCGGCGCUCAGGGGAUCAAUACUCUUUUCGCUCCAACACAUCCAAGUCGUCUCUGAACAACCCAAAGCUUCUCGAAACCGUGGAAGAUGCCAUCCGAAGGUUAAUCCUACCAGAGCUGAAGGAGCUCAAGAAGGACCAGAAGGUUAUUACCAACACAUCCAAAUUUGAGCGCGACAUAAGUUCUUCCUAUUCUCCAGCAAGCUCUGAAUCCCGCGACGGCCUUGUAAGACGACUUUCUAAGCAUGCAAGUGCUCCGAAUGUGCGGAAGCCCAAGGUAAUCCUCAACCGCGACAGCCGGGAUGAAGGCAUUGUUCUUGCCGAUGAUUCUGUUUCGUCUCAUAAAGAGCGCAGAGCAAGCCGUGAUAGUGCGAUGACUUCGGAAUCGGGUUACAUCAAAGGUUUCCGACCUGAGCUGUCAGAACAAGACAUGGUGCGUCGACAAAAAAGCAAAGGGCUACGCGAUGCCGAAAAAGCUGGGAUUGUCGGUAGCCGUUUAACCUCCAACAACCUCAAGCAUCACGACUCGAACUCAAGCCUUGGCAAGUCCAAAUCGCCAACAGAUAGCGAGCCCAAAAACAUCAACGAGACCGAACUGGUGUUUCAGAAGCACAAUGUCGCUCAGAUGCCGUUCCGCAGUGCUCUUGAAUCGGAGAUGACUAGGGCUUCCAUUCUCUCGGACCAAACAGCCGAACCCGAGUCUCGAGACUCGCGGUAUGAUCUAGGACUCAAGCAUAGCAACAUGUCUAGCCACAACUUGUCAAUUCACAGCGCCUCAGAUCAUGGUCGCGAAUGGAGCCAUUCGCCGUCUGCCGAAGCUGCUGGUGCCAUUGCGGCGGCGGCGGCGGCUAAUUUGCUGGACACCCACUCUGGCUCUCGUGAACUCAAUUACGGCAGCAGACGUGGCCUCAGUCCGAUACAAAGCGUGGCUAGCAACCAGAGCGAAUCCCAUGUUAGGCGUGGCUCAACACAGCAUUUUCCGCAGGAGUACUCCGGAGACGAAAGAGAAAUGGAGCCGAAACUUUCGAUCGAAUCGCUCUCUUCUGCUCCUAGUACGAACCUUGCAAGAUCGAAACGAGAAGGAAUCACUGCUGAAAGCCAGGACGAGAUCUCACGAUACCAAAGCCAAACUGGCCCAGAUCUUGGUUACGAGGAAUCAUCUGUACUUUCUAGCCAGGCGCUGAAAGACAACCCCUGGCAUGAAGAAUCAGAAAACGGAACCUACCGCCACUCGCUGACGGAAACUGCAAGCAUCGACCCCAAGCACAUGACCAACUAUGCAGACGGUAGCGAAAGUGAUUUCAUCGAAAAGGCGAACCAAGGUCGCCCGGUCGCCGAAGGUGCCGGUGUGAACCCUCGGUUUGUUCACCCUGCGGCCGUUGAGUCGGCUGUUGCUUCAGUCCUGGACCCUUCGAUUCUGGACACAAAGUCUAACCAAUCUGGUGGAAGCCACUCACAGUCCAACACUUUUGUGCAGGGGGAAACUGGCAGUACGAGAUCUUUUGGUCAGCUAAACCAGUCAUCUCCAACUUCUCGCCAGGGAAGCCCUCUCAAGCAGCAACACAAUGUUUCUUCAAGCCCUGACGCAACCUCUUUCCCAAGGCGAAUGGGCGUCACGUCCCCGCCUCAGAGCGUUACACAAUCCAUAGACGACCUAACCGAGCCUGUGGAAUUACACCCUGAUGAGCAUGGCGACAGUUUUCUACCACAUGACCGUGAACUAAGCCCGGAAACAGAAUCCGAAAUCAACACGAACCCGUCGAUUAUCCAGGGUCCCGCAGCAGGUGUUGGCCAUGACAGUACCUGGCCCUACAACACAUCAUCAGGAAAGAGCGGCCACUCACCUCUUCUCGACAACGUUGCUACUGCUGCUGCCGCAGGCGGUGGUCUCGGCUUGGCUUCCUCCAGACAGGAAUAUGGUCAUGACUACUAUCCCGAAGAUGAUUAUGCCGAUGCCUACCAGGACCAGCAGUACGCAAAUGAACCAGCUUUUGGAACGCCUCCUGGUGCCAAGGACGAAGGCUACGUAUCGGCCGCUAACCCUAUCUCCCCAAGCCCUCAACCCGGAACGAAGGGACUCGGCGGGAUUGAUACCAAUGGGCUUAGCCUUUUCGACAGCCCUGGGGAUGACCCAUUUGAACCAUCACACCAACGGCACUUCAGCGGCUACUCUCAUGGAGUUGGGUCGCCUUUGUAUGAUAGCGCGACAGGGCGGGGUAUUGAGCGAAUCCAGUCCAAGGAUAUCGUUGCACUCAUGGAUCAUCUCACGGUUCGCGACGCUCAGCGUAAUGCUCGAGACACGGAGAUCCUUGUGACUCUGGUUAGAAGUGCUGCUGAGAUGCGCAAUUCUUUCGAGGAGAUGAAGAAAUUCAUCGCCCAGCAAGAUGGGAUGCUGCUAGAUCUCAACGAGCGACAACAUGAGCGCACGUACAAAGCCAUCGGCGGGCCGCGCCCGCUACCAGGUAGUGGCAGUAGAACACGUCAGGCUUCUGUGGACGAUGGGGAAGAUUCGCCAGCGAAACGUAAGAACCUAUUCAAGCGUGCGCUGAAGGGCUUGAGUCUCAAGUCUGGCAAUGACCUGUCAAGAAUUGAGGAUAUGUUGGAACAACUUCUUGACGACAUGGAAGCUCUGCGGUCCAGUCAAAAUGACAUGAUGCGAAGCCGAGGCCCACCCAGUGCUGACCUUGAUGGCUACGAACCUGAGGGCCUCGCGGGAACAUCUUCUCAAGGAGACAACUCUGGCUUCCUUUCCAACUCAUCUCGGGCUGUUCCCGAACCACGUGGAACAGGGUUGCGGAGAGAUACCGAAAACCGUGUUAGCACUGUUCCAGAAGCCGAUGAGGAUGAGCUUGACGAGCGUGGCGAGUUCCUGAGCCCGCAGCUACCAUUGCAAGAGAAUGUGGAACCCCAACGGGAGAGAGCCGGGUCUGCACCCGUUUCGACACCUCCGCGUGGAGCAGUUGCCUCAGGGGCUCUCAGUAACAGCAACGAGACGACACCAAAGGGAAAUGACAAAGCGCGAAAACACAAGUCAAGCAGCUCGUCUUUCUUCCCCAAGAUCUCCCGCUGGUCAAGGACCACGGCGUCCUCCAUGGGAGACAACAUCCGCAAUAGCAUGCAAACUGGCCGGAAAGAGCGCGUAUCUUUCGACACUUCCCGUUCUGGGUCCGACCUGGCGCAUGGGCCUUACAAGGCGGCUGACUACUACGAUCCUCAAGGUGACGAUAGGCUCCGCUCAAACUACACACUCAACGAUGAAGGAUCGCCGCAGCAGGAAAACCGGCCUCCCUCGCCCUUGGUGCCGUCUCAAGUCUCCGAGGCUCCCAAAUAUCGAGCGCACCGGGACAGUCUGGACAUGCAACACCCCCAACCCCGCCAGGGCCCUACUGGUCGCUAUCAGUCCCAGUUAGAGUCACAGGCGCAGAUCUAUGGGGUAUCUGGCAACCACUCAGGCCAGUGGGGCUCAAACCCUAGUUUCUCAGCUAUCAAUGGGAACCGACGGUCCAGUGGCGGAAGCCGCCUCUCUCCCAUAUCUGAUGCAGGCUACUCAGAAGCUAGCGGACGUUCCUCACGCCAAGGACCUCCGCGGCCACCAAAAAUCAAGGACGAAGGACCACUCUUCCCCGAAAGGCCACCUAAGAUUAAGGAAGGCGAGGAGCAGUCGUAUGCGGACCGCGUUGUGUCACGGAGCUCUGCGAUGCAGUCUCCUGGACGCAGCACGCCGCCAGCCCGCAAGCCGACUGGACCUCGUCCUUUGAAUUCCAACAGCCAAUACAACAGCCCUAACAGGAGAAGGCGAAACUACCGCGACAGCCCUGAACAUGUUGAUGACGAGCACGACUACUAA